AGGCGAGGCGUCCGCCGUCCGCGUCCAGGCACCCGGCGCACGCCGCAGUCGCACUCGCACCCCCAGUCCGGCUCCGGCAGUUCCCCACCCCGCCGCCGUCGCUCGUCGGCCGACGGCCGUCCCGAUUCCCGCGCGGCCUCGCCUCUCCCAGUCUCCCGCACGCGUCCGGCGUCCUGCCGACCGCGAGGCCGCGCCACGCCGCCGGAUCCAGUGCCGGCCGCGCCCCGCCGCCGUGCGCCGUCCCGCGACCUCGAGGACGCGCCCCGCCGCCGGAUCCACUGCCGGCCGUGCCCCGCCGCCGUGCGCCAUCCCGCGACCGCGACUCCGCGAGGCCCCGCCGCCGUGCGCAGUCCCGCGGGGAGGCCGCGCCCCGGCACCCCGCCCGGCGCCCGCAGGUUCACUGUGGAGUUGAGGUGAGUAUCUUCAUCUAAGGUAGCAUGAGCACUGUCAGCAGCACAAGGCGUGCGCCGAGGAGACUGUCGCAAGAUGGGUCUGCUGAUAAAGUAGUGGUGAACUUGGAAGCAAGCUCCCCAGUGGUGGGAAGUUCACUGAGCUUCCCGGUGGCAGGAAGCCGUCGGGGAGUAUCAGCCACUGUUGCUGGCGCACAAAACUCACCUAUUGAUGUGGAAGCCAUUGAAGAUGAAGUGCAGGCAAUAUCGCCAUCACGAGUACCCCCUCCAAGAAACAUGAGAACCAGGAGGCAACCUGUAACGGUGGUUGACUUGGAGGUAGAGGGUAGCCAGCAAGGGAACAAGCGCCAAAGGGUUGUACAUUGCCUCUCUCAAAAUAGGGGAGAAGGGUCCAGCUUUCAGGCAAAUAAGGAGGUCCCCAAGGAACCAACUUUUACCUGCCCGAUAUGUUGGAAUAAGAUGUGGGAGCCCGCCACAACACCUUGUGGCCAUAUCUUCUGCAACACGUGCAUUAAGCAAGCCAUCAAGAUUCAGAAGAAAUGUCCUACGUGCAGGAAGGGCCUGAGAGCAACUAGCGUCCAUCGUAUUUAUCUUCCAAGCACCGCUAGUUAAGGUCAAUUGGCUGUAUCAGAAACUUCUGAUACAAUAAGGAUGUGCAAUUAGGAUCAGAAGUGAACAAUAGAUGGAUAUUUCACCCAGUCUGUAUCAUGUGUAAAAAAAUCAAAUAAAAAUUUAUAAUAACUGCGUCACCAGGAGCUCAUCAGCUCAUUGCGACAACUUCCUGACAAGGGAAGUGGAUAGCUUCAGUUAUACUCAUCUCUUGUUGCACCUACAACUUCAGAAUAUUGUUGUGUUGUAUGUAUUAGGUAAUUGGCAUACUUGAUUAGUGUAACUGGUAUUUGCUUCAAUCUGAAAUGAUAAUAGUGAGUUGCAAAAUUUAGCAUUUAUGGA